UCAAAUGUCAACGCCUUUGGAAUGGAACAUCUCGUCAUUGUGAUGACUCUAGAACAUUGGCAAUGAUAUCACUCCAGUGUGUACAAGUACACAUCACACCUAUCGACCGACAAUGACAUUUGAUUUUUCACAGAAACUACCUUUAAGCUUCCUCAGGAAAAUGGCAAUGACUGCUUCUAUGACUGUAAAACAACAGGAUAACAAGAGUCUGGCUAAUGAAUACAUGAACAACAUGAAUGAAUCCGGGUGCAGGAAUAGAAAGGCUGAUGUUGUCACUAAGUUGGACAACAAGAAGUUGUGGAAAGUAAGCUGCAGCAACAUCAACAGCCACAAUGCUGGUGAAGCUCACAAGGUGACCGUAAAGUUUGUCAGGGAAAGGAGAAAACGAAAAAGAAGCUUUGUUAAAAGGGAACUAGAAAAAAGAGCCAUAAACACCAGUCUGUUGCCAAGCAUAAUUGUGGUUAGCGUCAAUAGCAGCACCAACAGCGCUACAAGUGAAGAGUCGUUGAAUCGGUUGUGGAAGAGGACAGCCAGUGCUGAUGCAGAGUCCUCUGAAAGGAUCUCUCUGCCAGAACAUGGCACCAACAACUCACUCAGUGACCUUCGCACAAGCAAAUCUCACUUUGAAGGAAAGUACAAGCAGCUGGGAUUCAUUGGAAAAGGGGGCUUUGGUUCGGUCUACGCUGGCCUGCGUCUUGCCGACUCCUUACCGGUGGCCAUCAAGUACACUGACAACAAGAGAGUGCAAGGUGAACUGAGAAUGGGCUGCGUCCCCCUAGAGGUGGUGCUGAUGCAGAAAGCUGGAGGUGGGCCGCAAGCAGUCGGGAAGUUUGCCGCCGUCACCCUGCUGGACUGGUACCGUCUGGAUCAAAAGCUUGUCCUUGUUAUGGAAAGGCCGCUGUUCUCCUUGGAUCUUGCGCAGUACAUUCACUUCCGAGGAGGUCGUCUGAAGGAAGAUGAGGCCAGGGGUUUCAUGAACCAAUUGGUGAACGCCGCCGUGGAAAUGUACAAUAAAGGUGUUUUCCACCGGGACUUGAAGUUGGAGAACACGCUGGUAGAAAUCAGGCCCACAGGGCCGCGGCUCCGUAUUAUUGACUUUGGCUGCGGUAGUUAUGUGCUGAAGAAAAUUUACCACUAUUUCCAGGGUACUCUUCAAUAUGCUCCCCCAGAGUGGUUCAAACAUAAAACAUACAAACCGAUUCCCACCACAGUUUGGCAGCUGGGAGUAAUGCUUUACUGCAUGUUGCACAGCUGUCAGUUUGACACCAGGGUUUUCGCGAUGGACUGGAUUCAAUUCAGUAACAACCUCUCCCGAGAGUGCCUUGGUUUCCUCCAUCUCUGUUUGGAGGAGGAGUGUAAGAAGCGAGCCACCUUGGAGCUGCUUCAUACUCACGCCUGGCUCAGUGGACUGAGUCCUGCUUCUCCAGGCUCCGCAAUGCUUCCACCAGCAUCUGACACUUCAAUUCCAUUGCAAAUAUAA